GAAUCUGGUCGGUGAGCUGCGGACCGCUCACCACCAGAUGUCGCUCUCCCUCUGUUUACACACUCUGACUGUUGCACUACACCCCGGACUCCAUUCCCCAUCAGCCAUUGCACUACACCCCCGUCCAAUCAGAGACAGUAUAAAAGCCCCGAUCUUUCUGUCACUCACCGCCGAGUAUUGUACUGUGUUUAUCUGGUCAUACGAAGCGUUUCUCUGUGUUCAUCCCGUGUCGUGUCUUUCUGUUAUUCUGGCUCCUCGUCUGGUUUGUCUCGACCCCCCGCCUGUUUAUCGACUACUCUCUGCCUAGCCCUUAUACACCUGUCUGCUCCUGUCUGACCACGCCUGCCUUGACCAUGUCUCUGUCCAAAUCCUUCAAUAAAAGCGUGCAAAUGGAUCCGCUUGUCUCUCGUCUCACUCCCAACGUUACAGAAUACUCGGCCACAACAGGAUCCAGCAGCUUUUCCCUCGGACAUUCAGGUAUGGACUUUGGACUAUUGUGUGUGGGCGCGUCGCUUACUGUGGGGGUCGCGAAGGAGGAACGCGACAACUCGGUAAUGGCGGCCGCGCACCCCGCUCAUAUAAUGACGGCCGCGCCGGAGCGCGACGCCACAGAUCCGCUGGCCGCUUGGCUCACUCGGGGAAAUGCGGCCACGCUGGAGCGCGCCCGAGCCAUGACGACGGCAAUGGAUCGCAUUGCUCAAAUGGCGGCGAACGUAAUGGAUAGCAUCGCUCUAAUGGCGGCGACAGCUGUGCCCGUUCACAAAAUGGCGGCCGCGUCGGAGCGCGUCCACACAAUGGCGGCAACGGCGGAGCCCGUUCACAAGAUGGCGGCGAUCACAGAGCUCCGUCACGUCACAGCUGCCAUACAAGAGCCGUUUAAAGCUGGAGCUGUGUCAAACCAAGCUGGAGCUGUGUUUCCUGUCUCAAGCCAAGUUACAGAGCCACCGCACAAGAUGGCCGCCACGCCAGAGCCACCGCACAAGAUGGCCGCCUCGCCAGAGCCACCGCACAAGAUGGCCGCCACGUCAGAGCCGGCUAAAGCCCCGUCAGCCAAGCCACAGCCUGCUCAGGCCAUCUCAGUCAAGCCACAGCCUGGUCACGUCAUGUUUUCUGCUCCUGAGUCGGCACCCAUCAUGGCUGGUCUUCCCGAAGCGGUUUCAGAGUCAAGUCACGCCCCGCCUGACGGCCCAGACUCAAGUCACGCCCCGUCUGGUCCCAAGUCUGCUCCAGAGGUCCCGUCUGGUCCCAAGUCUGCUCCAGAGCUCCCGUCAGUUGGAGAAGCCGCGCCAAUGCCUCCUGAGGUGUCAGCCGUGGCUGUGGAUCCUCCCUUGGAGGUGGCGCCCCCCUACAAACUCUCUGCUUCUUCCCUCAUUCUGUCUGCCUCCUCUGUCACUGUUCUCCCCAGGUCCCAGUCUAUUAUGCGGGUUCCUGCUCAGCCCUGGUGGGCCCUGGCGCCUCCUGUUCCGCCCUGGUGGGCCUCGGCGCCUCCUGUUCCGCCCUGGAGGGCCUCGGCGCCUCCUGUUCCGCCCUGGAGGGCCUCGGCGCCUCCUGUUCCGCCCUGGAGGGCCUCGGCGCCUCCUGCUCUGCCUCCGGUUCCGUCCUGGAAGGUCCCGGUGUCUCCUGCUCUGCCUCCGGCUCCGCCCUGGAGGGCUCCUGCGCCUCCUGCUCUGCCUCCGGCUCCGCCCUGGAGGGCUCCUGCGCCUCCUGCUCUGCCCUGGAGGGCUCCGGUGCCUCCUGUUCCGCCUCCGGCGGCGCCCUGGAGGGCCCCUGUGUCUCCUGCACCGCCUCCGGCUCCACCCUGGUGGGCUCCUGCUCUGUCGGUCCUGCCCCAGUCACCUGGUCCUCUGCACGGACCUGGCCCUCCAGCCCUUGCCCUGUCUCACCCCCGCCCCCCACCGCUCCGCUGGAAUAUGGUUCGUUUGUAGCGUCUGGAAGCCGCUCUUUGGGAGGGGGCUAUGUUACGAAUCUGGUCGGUGAGCUGCGGACCGCUCACCACCAGAUGUCGCUCUCCCUCUGUUUACACACUCUGACUGUUGCACUACACCCCGGACUCCAUUCCCCAUCAGCCAUUGCACUACACCCCCGUCCAAUCAGAGACAGUAUAAAAGCCCCGAUCUUUCUGUCACUCACCGCCGAGUAUUGUACUGUGUUUAUCUGGUCAUACGAAGCGUUUCUCUGUGUUCAUCCCGUGUCGUGUCUUUCUGUUAUUCUGGCUCCUCGUCUGGUUUGUCUCGACCCCCCGCCUGUUUAUCGACUACUCUCUGCCUAGCCCUUAUACACCUGUCUGCUCCUGUCUGACCACGCCUGCCUUGACCAUGUCUCUGUCCAAAUCCUUCAAUAAAAGCGUGCAAAUGGA